UCUCCCGGAGCGAGCGGCUCGGUCCGUCUGCUGACAACAAACAUGCGCUGCAGGAGGAGGAGGAGCGAGGUGGAGGUGGAGGAGGUGGGGGGAGCAGCCGAGUGACAGCGGACACAGUGAAGCAGCUCUGAACAGUCACAAGUGAAGAGCGGAGGUCUGAGCACGAGCCCGAAGCUUCUCUGGGAGUCAGAGAGGAAACACUGAGGGCUCCGGUCUCCUCAGCCGGAGGGAGUGCGAUGCCCUCUGACUUUAUCUCCCUUUUCAGCGGGGACCUCGACCUGACUUCUCCCAGAUCCUUGUACUCUAGAGAAUCAGUGUAUGACCUUCUUCCCAGAGAGCUGCAGCUGCCUUCCUCCUCUCAGCACAUCCCGAAAGUCAUGAGCCAAAAGAGCGGCGGCGAGGCCGGGCCUCCCCCUUCAGCUUCUCUAGCAUCAGAUGCCAUGUCCUCUUCUAUGACCAUGGAAGGCCCCCGCAGUGCUUUUUCCACCUCUUCCAGCUCCACCAUACAUUCCAGUUCUUCAGCCAGUGACCAGAACCCAGUUCACGGCACCAAUGCUGACCCAGAGGACGCCAGGAGCAGCAGAGCGGUACCAGAGGUCGUCGGAGCAGAGAGCGGGAACGGGAACGGCGGCGGCAGCUGCAGGGGGAGCAGUGAGCUCGGAGGAGGGAGAGGUGUGACGUCCCAGGAGGCCCAGCCACACCACCAGAUGACCCCGUCUAAACGCCGCACCGUACUGAACAUCUCCCCGCCGCCGCAAGACUUGUUCGAUGACAGUCGCAUGUCCUGCCAGGACGAAGCGUCCUUGGACUCAGAGCAGAGCAACAGCAUCUGGAUGGAUGACUCUCUCUCCAACUUCAGUAUCAUGAGCUCUGUCUCUUACAAUGACAACACAGAGGUACCACGGAAGUCCCGCAAACGUACUCCCCGACAGAGGCCCGGUCCGAAGUCUGUGCCUGCACAGGAAGCCAGCAUGGACGUGUUUGAUGCCGACAGCGCCAAAGGCCCACACUUUGUCCUGUCACAGCUCGGCCCUGACAACAAGACGGGACCAAAAGGAAGCUCUGAUGAUCCUCAGACAGUGAACCAGAAAGGAGGAACUCUUUCGAUGCAGUACCCACAGAAGGGUGAGGGGAAGGAGCUGAAGAUCCUGGUCCAGCCUGAGACCCAGCACAGAGCCCGCUAUCUGACUGAAGGCAGCAGAGGGUCAGUGAAGGACCGCACUCAGCAGGGCUUCCCUACUGUAAAGCUGGAGGGUGUGAACGAGCCGGUGGUUUUGCAAGUAUUUGUGGGAAACGAUGCAGGGCGUGUGAAGCCUCAUGGAUUCUACCAGGCCUGCAGGGUGACCGGCCGCAACACCACGGCCUGCAAGGAGGUGGACAUCGACGGCACGACCGUCAUCGAGGUGUCCCUCGAUCCAAGCACCAACAUGACACUGGCGGUCGACUGUGUUGGGAUCUUGAAGCUCCGUAACGCUGACGUCGAGGCUCGUAUCGGCGUUGCCGGGUCCAAGAAGAAGAGCACACGCGCUCGGCUGGUGUUUCGUGUCAACAUCCCCCGUUCAGAUGGAUCAGUGCUCACGCUACAGACUCCCUCAUCUCCAAUCCUGUGCACUCAGCCUGCAGGAGUGCCUGAAAUCCUGAAGAAGUCACUGCACAGUUGUUCAGUGAGGGGCGGAGAGGAAGUCUUCAUCAUUGGCAAAAACUUCCUCAAAGACACCAAAGUCCUCUUUCACGAGAAUGUUUCUGAUGAGAAAUCAUGGAAAGCAGAGGCUGAAAUCGACAUGGAGCUGUUUCACCAGAAUCACUUGAUAGUGAAGGUUCCUCCGUACCAGAAUCAGGCCAUCACCUCUGCCGUGUGUGUGGGAAUCUAUGUGGUGACGAACGCUGGGAGAUCCCAUGAUGUUCAGCCUUUUACCUACACUCCAGAUCCAGCAAAACAUGAUGUUCCUGUGAAGAAAGAGGCGCCUUCUCCAGUGAAGACUUGUACUUUUGAUGAACAAAUUAAAGUUCUUGACAGUGCCUUGAUGCCCUCAAUGUUGCCUUUAGUGAAGAGAGAGGAUGUCACUCCGAUGGAGGUGACCAGUAAUCUCCAGUCCUCUGGAGUAUUUAAGACCGGAGAGCUGUGUCCAGCCCAGCAGACCCCAGACAUGACUGCAGCACAUCUAAAUAAAAACAGACCAUUCUCCAACAGCCUGUCUCAGCCUGCAGGGGAGCCUGACAAAGGCCAGGCUCCUGUUUUUACCAACACUGAGCCCUUGAGCACCAUCCAGAAGCAGGACAUUGCUGCCAGCAGCUCCUUCUCUGUGCCUGCAGACUCCCUGCUCCAGCAAGGCUCCCAGCAGUUCCUCCUGGAGCCCAGAGAAGGCCUCGGGCAGGAGAGGCCGGGCAGCAGCUCCGGAGCUGUGGGGAGGAUGUGUGGAGAACCUGCACCCCAACAGCAGCUGCCGCUGUUCCCUCCAGACGAAGUGGCUCAGCUGGAGGAGGCGGUGAGACAACUUAAAGCCAAAGGCUUCUGUAACUUACCGCUUCAGUCUGACAGCUCCAUGGCCAAACAGCAGCAGCAGCACAUCCAGCACCAGCAACAGAUCCAGAAACAGCAAAUUCAGCAGCAACAGCAGCAACAGAUGCAGCAGCAGCAGCUUCAGCAGCAGCAGCAGCAGCAGCAGCAGGUGUUGGAGAAUUUACAGCAGCAGCUGUUUCAGUCCCAGAUUCAGAUGCAGUGUGGCAUAUUUCAGGACGCCUCCCAGGGCAAGAACGCAGAGCAGCAGGGCCCAUCACAAGGAGUGGUGCCAAACCAGGGAUCUCUUUUUCAGCAGGCCCAACAGCAGCAACAGCAGCAGCAGCAGCAGCAACAGCAGCAACAAGCAGCUCUCUUUCAGCAGGCAAAUGACCUACUUUCCAUUCAGACCAACUUCCUCCAGCAGACACCCUCUCACCCUUCACCACCCAUGUUCCACAAUCCCAGCCCUUUGGCCGAAACUCAAGAUCCACAGGGGGCUCUGUUUCAGAAAGCGUCUCAGGAGCAGGUCCAGGCCGCUCUCUUCCAAAACACCAUGACAGUACUACAGUCUCCGGAGCAGCAACCCUCAACCCCUGGACUUUUCCUGCCCCAGGCCUCCCUACCCACUCAGCUCACUACCAGCACAUCUCAGCAGCAGCAGCAGCAGCAACAGCAGCAGCAGCAGCAGCAGCAGCAGCUGGCCUUCCUCAGCGCUCUACAAUCCCCUGCCUCUGAACCACAGUCAGUAUUUCAGGCUCAGACCCAGCUCUCCCCGAUCCAGCAGAGAAGCCCCAUGGAGCAGCAGCAGCCCUCCCAGCCUCAGCCCCACACACAGCCGACCCAGCAGGCCCCCCUGUUUCAGAACAUCUCCCCUCAUCCAUCUGCAAACACACUGUCUCCCAGCCAGCAGCAGCAACAGCAGGCGGGCCUCCUGUUCUGCAGCAACAGCCUGUCCCCACCAGACCAGGCCUCCAGCCUCCUGUUCAGCAGCCAGGGCCAGAUGCCUCCUUUGACCAGCAGCAGUCUAGUUUCUCAAGAGCCCCAGAACCCCUCUCUGCUCUUUUCCCAAGCCAGCAUGGUGACGGUGAACCAGCAGGAUCGCUCUGAGCCCAUGGCCCUGGGGAACCCCACCGAUCCACGACAGCAAGUCCUGUUUCAGGAGCAGCAGCCCAUGCAGCUGGGCGGUAGCUCCAACAGCCGGCAGGAGCAGCCCGUGGGCCUCUUCAUGCCUCAGUCCAGCAUGGCCUCUCUGCAGGGGGGACUGGCUCAAGAGCUCGCACAGUCAGCCAUGUUUGCCUCGCAGAACGGCGUGGCAAACCUCCAGACGACCACCUCCUCCCCCGUUCAACAGCCAGGAACUCUGUUUCAGACUGCAGUGAGUGGGAGCAUCAAUCAGCCCAGCCAGCCUCAGCAACCCGGCCUGUUCCUUUUUGGGAUUCAGAACGGUUGUGGCCAGUUGAUGAACACUCCUGGAAACACACUGUCGGAUCAGAUCAUCGCCAUCAGCCAGUCUGGUCAGAACCAGAGAGAGAGUGAAGCACACAUCCAGUCCCUGCUCAGCCAGUCCCUGUCUCAGUCUGGGACCGUGCAGAGCAGCAUGUCUGCCUCUCAGAACAUGGAGAAGAUCGAUGACCUGCUGGUCAGCCUGCAGGAGUCGGGCAGCAGCUUAACUCGUUCAUACUAACCUGCACACAGGUUCGCGGAUUUGUCCUGUAUUUUUUACUGAUGUACCUGGAAUAACUGUAAAACAUGGACACAAAAAGUCAAACUGUCGUCUACUGAAAAUUAGACCGAGGUGAACAUGUAUGACAAGUGUCUGAUCACCAAAUGUUUCUCUGCUAACUCAUGAAUCAGUCCCUUCAGAGCUGAGGAUUUAUUAGCAGAGAACUGUGAAGGUGAGGUGAACAUGGUCGUGUGCUGCUGGCCUUACUGAGCCAGUCUCUCCCCAAAUAAAAAUGGCUGAAUAAGUGUCAUAAAUGUUAAUGGCAAACUGGAGAAAUGAAUAUCCAGAUAGUGAACUCAGUGAAUUUGGUUUAGAGUGAAUGUCUCUUACUGACUUAAUGACUGACUGACCUGUAUUUGUCAUUAUGGUGGAAUUCAAGCCUUUUCUUCAGAAACUUACUUUGAAUUCACUGAACGUGUGAAGUUUUGUUGAUAUGUGUAAGUAGACUGUCAGUGAUGUUAUCUGCACCAUCUGUUCGGUUCUUGUGGUGUUUUCCAAAGUGUUUAGUGGUUUCCAUGAAUAGUGUUCCCUUUAAUGCUUCUUUUUGUGUAUAUAUAAAUAUAUAUUUUGUUGCAUGGAGAGCAGAGUGUGUGGUACAGUGGCAAGGUUAGGACGGACUGUGGUAUGUAUGGUUGAAUACGUCAAAGACGUGGAAGGGAAACGCAGGAAGUGCAGUGAAAGAAGGUUAGAGAGGGAGAGAGGAGGAGGAGGAGGAGAGGAGAGGAGGAGAGGAGAGGAGAGGAGGAGAGGAGGAAGCAGGGAAGUAGAAGAUUGCAGAUAUAAACAAACGUUUUCUACACUGAUCUGAUGUGUAGUCACAAACAGGUGUCAUUUACAGCAUGUGGGUGCUUAUUGUUCUAAUGUAGCAGCUAGCUUGCGUCUGAUAGUAUGAAUGAAUGGACUCUAGCUGUCUCUGAUAGCCCACACAGUGAUGUAGUAGUUCUCAGUAGGUGAAAUAAGGAAAGCAGACGUGUGUUCAGGCUAACAUUUAGUCUGCAUUCAUCCAAAACAAACUGUGUCAGUUUGCUACUUUUUACAGCAGAUUCUCCUUUAAUACAUUACAGAGAGAUGACUCUUUAACAAAGUGUGGUGGUUAAAUCUAACAAAUACUGGCUGAGACUUUUUUACAUGUACAUUCAGCACUUUAUGAUGCUGUUCUUUGUGACCACUUCCAGUGCAGUCAAACAGGAGGCGGCUUCUUUAUGUCAGCCUCCUCUUCCUCAGUGUUUACAGUGAAGUAGAUUCAACAUUGUCAUUACUGCUCUGUGUUCACAUGUCAAGCAGAGUCGCAGAAAUAUCUCCACUACAGUUCACUCUAAGCCAGUAUCAGUGAGUUAAACAUAACCGCUCGUCUCUUCGCCCGCCGUGUUACAACUACUACUUUUCAUCCCCGAAACCUAAUGCAUUAUUUAUUCCUGAAAACCAGCUCAGAGAUCUGGACAAAUGAGGAAAACUGCAGACUAUUAUUCAUUUCAGUUGACAUUUAACUCUUUAUUUAAAUACACAUAUCUACAGUAGAGAGAGAGUAGAAUGUAAUAUAGUAUAUUAAUAUAAUUGUGUGUUUUAGUGUCAUUUUGAUGGCAUCAUCCUGCGUCAGGCACGCAUGAACUGGAAUAGUAUUCUUAAACCAGCUAGAAAAGAGCCUUUUUCACCAGUUUUAUUAAUGUGAUGGGUUUAGUGAAUGUUGAGGAGAAGCAGUAAUUUGCUGGCUACAACUGUACAUUACACAUCUCAUCUAGAAUAAGGUAUUAACAUGCAGGAAUAGUUUUACAUGUUUUCUGUACACGUUCUACAGAUUUCAUGUUUCUCCUCUGCAGUUGGCCGGUGGCCUCAGGACCAAAGUUUGACUCGAAUCUCGCUUUGCAUUCAUCCUGAUGACAGGCCAGUUUUAUGGCUCGUGAGCUUUUCUUUUCUUUUUUUCUUACCUGCAAUUUAACUUUAAGAAAAGUAUAGACAUAGACUGUUUUGCCUCCUAAAUAUAGAUGUCCUGCUGUCACUCUUUCUGUUUGUUUGUUGUGUUGUUUUGGAAAAAAAAAAAGAAAAAAAAGUUUGUGUCGUGUUUAGUUUUACUGUGUUUGCAUGAACAAGGGGCUGGUCUCUGACGAUGACAGAAUUAGCUCAGUUUAUUGCCUUGUUGUCUUGUUUUCUCUGUACAGUUUGUUAGAAACAGAAACACAGUUACAUUUUAUACACUUUAAAAUCAGAGACAGCCGUUUGUUUUGUGAUAGAGAUGAUGUAAACUUGACUAAUGUGACUUGUGGAGCUGCAGAGCAUCAGUUUGAGCAGGUCGAGUGGUUUUUAAAGGGACCCUACUCCUGAAGGAAACCUGACUUUGGAGAAAAGAGCUAUCUGUGAUUGGCUUUCUUCAACUUGUGAAAUAGAAGAACUGAGAUUUCCAGUGUUGAGUAUUUAUGAUUUUAUUUGUCUUUGUUUGUUUUACAAAGUUUUUAUCGGUGUAGUACCUGUGCCUCUUCUCGGAGAAGCCUUUCUAAUUUAUUUGUGUGUUGGUUUUUAUCUAAAUUGUUUCCUGUUAAUCAUAGUCGUGUUCAGAUCUUUUUCCAGCUGUACUGAUUUGUGUUUCGGCCCCAACACUCUGAAUAAUGUAUACAUUCCUGUGAUGAAUUAAUAUACACCCUAAUGUAUAUAUCAUGUGUUAGUUCAAGGCCUGUGAUUGGAGCGACGGCCCUGUAGUCCUUUUCGACCACAUAGAUAACAGCAGGGAAAAAUGGCACCAAAUUUCAACAGUUUUUACUGUUAAAAUAAAGAAAUCCUUCAUAACAGGACCAACAGAUUUCAGUAUUUUUACUAUGAAUAUAGUACUGAAUGUGAUUAUACAGCAUGGCUGUAAAUGUCUCGCUUCGAUCCAGAAUGUUCUUUUAUACACAUACUGGGGAGGUAAUUACUUUUUUGAAAUUACAGUUUCCUCAUUUGUAUAUUUACAAUGUAACUGGAGAUCAGAAAUGUAUAGGAGUGUUACUCUUUCUGCAGUCAUUACUGAGGAUGUGGAAAAGAGGCUGGUUGUUGAUAAAAGUUCUCAUAUUUUUCUCAAGAUACUACAAACUCUAACUUUCUCUGUUUCCUGCAAUAGAACAAGUGGCUUUCUUUUAACAUUACAAAUUAAUUUAACAUCAACAAACUGCGUUUGCUAUCACAGGUGUUUAAACGGUUCCUUUUAUCUGAAUGUCUCUUCAGACUCUCGUCUACGCUGUACAUGUGCCUUGAGGAGAUGUCGUAGUGUGGAGCAGAUCGAUGCUUUACCAUUGUUGUCUGUUUAACAGCGCGCCGGCCUCGCCGGUGAUUAUUAGUCCUCAUUAACUAGAAUGUUUUAAGCCAUAAGACUUUAAAUGUGCUUUAAAUGCUCAGUGACCAGGUAAAUGUGGUUGUGGUUGAUAAAUGUGUUGUGCAAUUUCUGUCAUGCAUCUAACUUGUUUGUACUGAAGUAUCCAUUGCAUUUAUGUUAUACAACGUAGAUGCAGACAAAUUUUCCUCUGAAACUGCUAUGCAGCUAAUAUACUGUAAAUGUAGAUCUGUUAGUUUUUGAAUAUAUAUUUUUCUAUGUAGCUUCUCCCAUUUUCAACAUAAAGGAGAAACCAAAAUAGACGUUCUCUGUUAUUUAUGCUUGUUGGAAUAUUUUCUGAUGCUUUGAGUGCUGCCUGAAACUGAUUUUAAAUCUCAAACUCAGUUAAAUUGCAAAUUUGGUGAGACAAGGGUCACAUAAUUAUUGGUCAGUCUUCUUUAUUCCGCUCUUGCUUGUAGGGUUUAUGUGGAGGUUUGUGUUAUACCCAGGCUUCCUGUUUACUGGUGCAGUGGUUCCUGGUCUGUGUGAUUUCUCUCAGGGCCUCUGAGUUACCAGGAUUUCAUGUGAUUCUCACAUCAGCAUUUGUUUGUCUUGUAAUUUGGGCAGAGUGUGAAUUAAAUUCCAAAACAACAUUAUUCAGUGUCAUUUAGCCCUAAUUUGUCCUGAGUCUAGUAUGAUCACUUUCCAAAAACCAUGUGUUUACUCCACACAUCUGUAAAGUCUCACUCCUAGCACCAGAGAACCACUCUGCUAGUAAACUGCUUUUUUUUUUUUUUUUUUUUUUAAGUCCUGGGAAUAACAAGGGGGAAAUUUUGCCUUUUUGGUUCUAACCAUGUGAACAAUUGUCAAAUAAUCACCCUUGGGAGAAAAAACUUUCUAUAUAUUUUGCUUUUGUUGGGACAUUUUUAUUCUCUUGCAAAUAAAUUUCUGUAAACUUGCUGCUAUCUAUAUUAAACAUAUAUAUACUUUGAAUGUUCGGCCUUUGAGCUUUUAUUUCAUGAUUUGACCUGAUGAUCUUCAAUUUACAUUUACAUUUUUGUUUACUAUCACUGUUCUUUAGCACCGAUAUACCAAGACAAAUUCCUUGUAUGUGCAAACUUACUUGACAAUAAAGUCUGAUUCUGAUUUAUAA